CGGGGAGAGUUUCUAAAAAAGCAUUUUUUCCGUCAAUCUGCUUAUUACAUCUUCGACGUUAUUUUGAUGCCUCCUUUCUUCCGUGAUGAUAGUUGAAUGUUUGAAAUAUUCGGUAAAACGAAGGGCGUCGAGGCUGCUGCAGGAAGAGGAAAAGCUGCCGCUGCAGCGAUGCUGACACCGGUGCAAGACAAGAGGUUGGGAAAAUUGAAAAUCUCCGAGGACGAGGAGGAAGACGCCGCCUCCGUCGCGACGACGACGCCCUGGAGCGAGCUCCUCGUUCAUUCGGCUGUACCAGCUGCCGCCGUUGCGGUAAAACUGUGCGAGGAUGCACCGGAGGAUGAACACUUGGCCGUACCUUCGCCAGGAAGCAAGGACAAGCAGGGAUCGGUUAGCAGCUUCCAGAGACGAGCCCUCAGCAGGAUCAGCUUCAAGGGAGAGAACGGACCGUUGCUUGGAAGAUAUCGGACGACCAGAUUCAGUACGAGAAGAGUGCGAAAAAGAGUCGUAUUCAAACACGGAGACUGUAACGUUAUCCAAGGGAACGUUGCGAAACGUCGAAGAAGAUAUCUGCAGGACAUUUUCACAACGCUUGUCGACGCCCAGUGGAGGUGGACUCUCUUGGUGUUUGCCUUGAACUUCUUACUCUCAUGGCUCGGAUUCGCCCUGGUAUGGUGGCUCAUCGUCUACACUCACGGAGACCUGGACCAUGUCGACGGCCAAAAUCCGAACGUCACGUUUACACCGUGCGUCAAUGACAUCCACGGAUUCACAAGCUGCUUUUUGUUCUCAGUGGAAACUCAGCACACCAUAGGAUACGGCUCAAAGCAUACAACUGAAGAAUGUCCUGAAGCGAUAUUCGUGAUGUGCAUACAGUCGAUGACGGGUGUUAUGAUCCAAGCCUUUAUGGUGGGCAUCGUCUUCGCGAAGCUGUCUCGACCUAAGAAGAGGACACAGACGUUAUUAUUUUCGAGAAACGCCGUUAUCUGCCAACGAGACUCCCAGCCCUGUUUGAUGUUCCGAGUCGGCGACAUGCGGAAGAGUCAUAUAAUCGAAGCUCAUGUCAGAGCUCAGCUCAUAAAACGGAAGGUGACUCGGGAGGGAGAACUGUUACCAUUUUUUCAAACGGAAUUAAAAGUCGGUGGCGACGGUGAAGAGGACAAGAUAUUCUUCAUAUGGCCAACGACGAUUGUUCACAAGAUAGACUCGCGUUCGCCGCUUUACCAUCUCUCGGCAAGCGAUAUGCUGAAGGAAAGAUUUGAAAUAGUAGUGAUACUUGAAGGUGUCAUCGAAUCAACCGGGAUGACAACGCAGGCGAGAAGCUCGUAUUUACCAUCGGAAAUACUGUGGGGGCAUCGCUUUGAGCACAUAAUAACAUUCAGAAAAGAAAGCAGCGAGUACGAGGUAAACUACACGCUUUUCAACAACACCUACGAGGUCGACACACCCUUGUGCUCAGCUGCACAACUGGAUCAACUAAGAGCCCUUCACCGCACCAAAGAUGAGCGGGCAAGUUCGGGAAUCUUCUCAGGGAUCAGAGAUGACUCCAGCAGCUCAUUGGCCACCAGUUCUGGAUCGAGUUUGGCGUCUUCUACUGGUGGUCUGCAAAUGCAAAUACCGCCAACACCGCCUACGCCGAUUCCAGUUACGGUAACUGGUCCUGACGAUUCUCCACCCCGUGAUAGCAUAGACUACGACCCAAUAACGCAGCGGAAUCAGAGAUUGGCUAGUUUUUACACCCAAGACGAGUUCAUGGAUCCUGAGGACCUGCGGAGAAACGCCAGCUUCAGUUCGUCCAGCUAUACCGUUGAAGACCUGAAAAACCAGCAGGACUACAACAGAGUACUCGAGGACAUAAAUGCGUGCUUGAGGAAAAACCGUAAAUGCAGUAUACCGGCUAAGGAGGACCGGAAGAUGCAGAGGGAAGGCUCUAGGGCCGUCCUCCAGGACUCCAGGAAGUGUGACGCUAGGGGAACGGGAGACGGGAUGAGAAGAUCGGUGUCAAAAUCGAUCUUCGAAAGCCAGAGCCACCCGAGUGCCAUGAAGAAGUCGCCGUCUCGAUCGACGAUAGAUUCGAGACACACGCGAUUCCCCGAUUCACCCGAACGGACACACGAGCCGAGCGACUCGAGGGCUCUGCCGAGGAAAACGAGUUUGAGCGACGGUCACAAAACCAAACCGGAACAUCAUCACGGUAUCACGAAGAAGACGAGCUUCGUGCUGAACGACGGUGAACCGAUAAGGAUCAGUCCGGAACACAGGCACGUGGAACCUCGGGAUAACCAAAGGCUGCCCGAAGAAACGGUUAUCAGGAUAUCGCCACCACCAGUGCCUCCUCAAAAGACUCCGGAGACCAACAAGAAGGUUAAUAAUCUUCAGUCACAGCACAUCAACCACGAGGAACAAGUGUAGAGGAGCCGUUACAGAGCAGGCCCAGUGCGUAAAAUCCGUCGACGGGCGGUGUUGAAGAACGGAGAAUGCAACGUGCUACAAUCGAGGAUAUCGCGACGAUCGUUGCGUUUCCUCCAGGACAUAUUCACGACAUU